AUGACCAAGGAUGUGGAAGCAGUUUCAGAGCAGCAACAGCCUGAAUUUUCAACAAAAGACUACCAUGACCCUCCACCAGCUCCACUAAUUGAUAUGGAGGAGCUGAAAAAAUGGUCAUUUUACAGAGCUAUCAUAGCGGAGUUUGUUGCUACCCUACUCUUCCUUUAUGUUACUGUACUCACUGUGAUUGGCCACUUCAGAAGUGCUGACCUUGAGAACGGCGGCGAAAAUUGUACUGGCGUUGGAAUUCUCGGUAUCGCUUGGGCCUUUGGUGGCAUGAUCUUUAUCCUUGUCUACUGCACUGCCGGAAUCUCCGGAGGACACAUCAAUCCAGCAGUGACCAUUGGGCUAUUUUUGGCAAGAAAAGUGUCACUAAUUAGGGCACUUGCCUACAUGGUAGCUCAAUGUCUUGGUGCCAUAUGUGGUGUUGGGUUCGUAAAAGCCUUCCAAAGUGCAUACUAUGAUAGGUAUGGUGGUGGUGCUAACCAGAUGUCUCAUGGUUACAACAAGGGUACUGGUCUUGGUGCUGAAAUUAUUGGUACCUUUGUUCUUGUAUACACGGUCUUUGCCGCUACUGACCCCAAGAGGAGCGCUAGGGAUUCCCAUGUUCCUGUAUUGGCACCCCUACCCAUUGGUUUCGCGGUAUUCAUGGUUCACUUGGCUACCAUCCCAAUCACUGGAACUGGCAUCAACCCUGCUAGGAGUUUUGGAGCUGCCGUAAUUUUCAAUGAGGAGAAAUCCUGGAAUGAACACUGGAUUUUCUGGGUAGGACCAUUUGUUGGUGCAGCAAUUGCAGCAUUUUACCACCAAUACAUUCUUAGAGCUGGUGCAAUCAAAGCUCUAGGAUCCUUCAGGAGCUCUGCUUAA